CCAGGGUUUCUGACGUGUUGUGGGAGGGACGCUUUCAAAGUAAACGAGACACAAGGAAGUCACGCUUCUGUCGAAGUGAGACUGGUGGGAGUCAGUGGACAGGUACCGCUAGCCUAAACUAUUAAAUACAUUCCUUGUCUCGACAACCGACCACAUAUGAAGAAAGGAUGUCUCAGUGGGAGAAGCUGACGAAGAUGCCGUCUGCCUUCACUCAGCAGUUACACGACCUGUACGAAAAGGAAGCGCUCCCUAUGGAUGUGCGACACUACCUGUCCGCCUGGAUAGAAUCACAGCCGUGGCAGCGAGCAGCAGCCGACUAUGACUUGGCCCUGGUGCUGUUCCAGGGGCUGCUGGAGAAUCUAGACAUCCAGUACAGUCGCUUUUUGCAAGAAGAGUCGUUCUUAAUGCAGCACAACAUUCGACGCUAUAAACAGAACUUUCAGAGGUACCAGGAGGACCCAUGUAUCUUGGCAGGGAAUAUCUGUUGGUUUCUGGAAAAAGAGAAGGCGAUCUUGCAGACUGCAGAUCUGGCUGAGCAGGUCCAGUCUUUGCAAGUGGAACAAGGAGGCUUUGUGAGCAGCACCCAGCAAGACCUUGACCGCAGAACAGCCAGCCUUAAAAAUGAAGUGCAGUGUAUGGAGCAUACGGUGGCGUGUCUGGAGGAGCAGCAAGAUGAGUUUGAUUUUAAAUACCAAACAUACUGCAUGGAAGCCGUCGCAAGCAAGGCAGAGAAAGACAAAUUUCAAAUACUAAUAAACAAAGUCAACGAAUGCAGACAGAACACGCUCGUAGGCCUGAAUAAGCUCCUGACCAACGCAAAGGCCCUCACCACCUUGGUGAAGAAGGAGUUGGCGCAGUGGCAGAGGAGGCAGCAAAAAGCCUGCCUCGGAGCUCCAGACAGUGUUUGCCUGGACCAGCUGGAGAAAUGGUUCACGUGCGUGGCAGAAUGUCUCUUCCAGGUGCGCGGGUUCCUCUGCAAGCUGGAGGAGCUGGUUGGAAAGGUGACCUAUGAAAAUGAUCCUGUGAAGGCCCAGAAACCUUUACUGCAAGGGAAGACUGAAGAAAUCCUGACAGAUUUGCUCAUGAGUUCCUUAGUGGUUGAAGUCCAGCCGUCCAUGCCUCAGGGGAAGGGCCCCCUGGUUCUGCGCACAGGUCUGCAGUUCUCCGUUAAGACCAGGCUUCUGGUCAAGUUUCCUGAGCUGAACCGUUCCAUGAAAGUCGUCACAUCGAUGGACUGCGAGGCACCUCAGAUAAAAGGAUAUCGUCAUUUCAACCUCCUGGGCACCGUGACCAAAGCCUUGACCAUGGCAGAGAGUCAGAGCGGUGGCAUGGCGGCCGAAUUCAGGCACCUCCAUUCCCCCCCACCGCAGACUCUGAAGGAGCAGAAGUCAGGAGGAGGCGGCAAAGGAGCCAACGAUCUUUCCCUGAGCGUGACAGAGGAACUGCACAUCAUCUACUUUGACACUUUGUUUGAGCUAAAAGGUGUGGCGGUCAAGUUGCAGGCCUCCUCCCUCCCGGUGGUCAUCAUCUCCAACUCCAGCCAGCAGCAGAGCGCCUGGGCGUCCGUGCUGUGGUUCAACACGCUCAGCCUGGACACCAAAGACAUACUGUUCUUCGCUAACCCCCCAGCGGCCACUUGGCAACAGUUUGGCCAGAUGCUGAGUUGGCAGUUUGUGUCUGCCGCCCAACGAGGUCUGAACGACGAUCAGCUGGAAAUGAUCGCACAAAAACUUUUUGACAAGCAAGAGAGUUACGACGUCUGCAGUGUACCUUGGGCCAAGUUCUCAAAGGAAAAGAGUCCUGACACGUUCUGGGUGUGGUUUGACGGCAUCGUGGUGAUGGUGAAAAGCUACCUGGAAGACUUGUGGAGGGACGGCCUCAUCAUGGGCUUUGUGAGCAAGGGCAAAGAGAGGACCCUCCUGAAGAAGAAACAGGGGGGCACCUUCUUAAUACGCUUCAGCGAGAGCGUCGUUGGUGGAGUCACCUUCUCCUGGGUGGAAACCAUAACUGGCGAUCCCAAAGUCAAGACCAUCCAGCCUUUUACCAAAAGCGACCUCUCGCAGAUUCCCUUCCAUGAAAUCAUCAGGAAUUUCCUCAUCCUGGAGGACGAAAAUGUUCCAGAAAACCCUUUGCUGUAUUUAUAUCCCGACACGCCCAGAGACCAGGCUUUUGGAAAAUACUACGCCGACAAGACCGGAAAUGACAGCCCGUAUUUAAAGUACAUCAAAACCCGACUAGUCUUUGUUUCAAAGGGGAACACGCUAGAGGCCGUACCGCUCAUGCUCACAGACGUGCCACAUGACCAACACCCACAGCCAAUGAACGGCGAGGGAGGAGGGGCUGCUGGAGCAAGCGGUGAUUGUCUGGAGACCCACCUGGAUCUUCACGUGGACCCUGUGCUGGACCCCAUGCUGUACGACUCUGCUGCAAACUCAGGAGAGGACGUGAUGUACUCCAGCAGCCCUUUUGUUGACUCAGAACCGCUGGAUGCGUCUUUGCUGGCCCCCGCUCUCUAACGUCUUUGCUUUGGGCUUUUAUUUUUGCAAGGAGUGUCAGGAGUAUUGCCUCCGUGUUCACGCGUUGGUUACUGUAGCUUUAAAUGACGCCUUCCCUGUGCCGGGGGAUCCGGGAAGCGGCGUGCACGAUGUGACGCAUGGGUGCCAGAAGGCGAUAGAAGCUUUCAUGGGUCCCGCCCACAGACAGUAUAACCUGUAUAACCUUUGACUCGAUGAAUAAAAGCCUGCCUGCCGCUCUGGUGCUUGUGUAUCACACGGAGCGUUCCCGUAUGAACAUCACUAAUGGUCACGUCUUCACACCAUGCAAACCAUCACAUCCUCCCAACCGGGGGUCUCAGCCCGGGACCCGCAUUUUCCCAUCACCAUUAAGUGCUAACACACUUUUAGACACAGAAAGCAAAGGUUUUUGUUUUUUGUUUUUUUACUAGCGUGUCAUCUUUUUAAACAAAAUACACGACUACAACUACUAAAAAUCUAUACAUAAUAUUUGGAUAUACCAGGGGUGUCCAUUUGCAGCCCUGGCCUACCGAGCACUUAAACAUGUAAUUAUAUAAAUCAAGUAACUAAGAAAACUACAAGAAUAAAGUCAAAAUAGUAAGAGAAAAAACUCUUGAACAAAGUCCUCAUAUUAGGAGAGACACACGAGCAACAUAACAAAGUUGCAAUUUUUGGAAAAUGAGCAUGCAGAUAAAGUUCUAAUGUUAAUGAAUAAAGGCUAAAUAUGGAAAUAAAGUCAUCAUUAGCAGAAGAAAGUUGAACUAGUUGGAAAAUUUUAAAAAGCAGGAAUGGAAAAAAAAACACAGCUGGAAUUUGACGUAAAUAAAGUCCAACUAUUAAAAGAAAAAAGUCGUACUCUAAGAGAAAAAAGUCCUAACUUUACCAGAAUAAGGACAAAUAAUAUCAUUAGGGUAGCAUAGAGUUGAGAUAUUUAAAAAAUAGAAGUUGUAAGUUUAAGUUGUAAUAUUAUGACAAACUAAAGUCCUAAUUUUUGGAAAAUUAGUUUGGAGAAAAAUAAUAUUAAGGGACUAAAGUCAAUAUAUAUAUUUUUUUACGAAGAUUAUGUAAUAUUUAUUUUAUGUAUUUAUUUAUGUGUAUUUCUGCACACAACAUAAACAGUAGGUUGAGGUUAGGAACUAAUAUUCCUUGGAACUACUUAUUUUGUAAGCAAUUGUUUUGGGUAAUUUUACAGUGUGGCACUGGCAUAUGCCGCCGCUUAAAAUAGCGAUCGGCUUCUUACCACAUCACAACUCAUUCCAUCCUCCGCAGGCCAGGGUAUUUUUUCCCUUUUUCGUGUUCAGCUGAUGUUAGAAACUAUCCAAAACACUUCUGACGAUUGUGAUGAAACAAUCGGCUGCAAAAUACACCAGCAGUUUGAACACACGUCUUGCUGUUCAAUGGGAAAGUGUGUCACGACUCUUGACUGCUCCUGUCAUAUGUGUAACGAUGCAAACGGUUAAAAAUGUAAUGACAUAAAUGAACUAAAACAGACGGUGGUAUUGUUUAAGAAUCUUUUUGUACUCAACCCAGGUGACCCCCGAGUUCGCUACAGCGACGACUUCCGGUCUCUUUCGUCAUUUCCACGUGAGUCGUAAGUUCCUUCAUAUUAUGAAAUACUGUAGAUCAUGUUGUGCCAGAUGGUAAAUUCCUGCUGGCGGGCUUUCAUGCAACACAAAUGUCGUAAGAAUGUAACGUGUAUUACAAAAUAACCUUUAUUACUUGACUUAUUGUCAAGAUGGUUGACAACUUGUCUCACAGCCACAUACUGUAGUACACUGAAAUGUUACAAUAAAACAAUUUAUCAUUUCUUAUUCAUUUCAAAUGAGACAAUGCAUAUCCAUUGACACGUUCAACACGUAAAUUUAGCCCGCCGCUGGCUCCAGCCUACCCCCGCCACCCUGCAGAGGACGCGUGGCGCAGAACAUGGAUGAAGGAAGGUUUUUAGGGAUGCAGUGUUCCUGACUUGUCGCUACCGCGUUCCCCGUGUGUGUGUGUGAUGCUGGAAGAGAAAACAAACUUGCAUUUUGGGAAAGGAACAUCACCGUCUCCUCUGCUCAGGUCUCCAGUGUUUUUCCACAUGGACGCUUUCUUGCAGAGGAGGUGGAGCCGUCCCAUGAUAUCAGCAUGAUAUCAUGAAACUUCAUCAUUUUCUCCAAAUGAAGGAAAUUCUCGCUGGUUGGAAGGGGAUCAAAUAUUUUUUUCCUCUUAAAUACAAAUGAAUUUAUUACCUUUAAUGUUUUUUGGGGGGGGGUGGUAUUUUUUUAUGUUGCUAAAGCGCCAACUCGGUUUUUGUCGUUAAUUUGUUCCAAAAAGUCAAACGAAAACUGAAACGUUCAAAAACCGAGGCAAUAUUUUGCUCAUGGGAAAUAAUAUGAACCCAAUGAAUCCACCGCAGAUGCCCAAAGAUAUUAAAAAAAUACAUUUGAAAGAGAAUAAUAGUUUUACAUUAUAAAUGACGCAUGAAAUGAACAUCAUUUUUACCUUUAUCGAAGACUCCUGUGGGCCGAGACGGCGAGCGUUCAGUCGUGUUUCUCACUUUCUUUAUCAAGUUGCUGCUGCUCGCAACUUUCUUUGGCUUCAUGCCGUGUUAUUUAGCUGUCACACUUAAUAAUAAAAUAAAAAGCACGGGCAGUUAGUCAGCAGGGUGCUACGUUUGGCCACUCCAUUCUGCGCAAUGAUGUGAUACGGGGCAGACAGUCUCGUUUGUUUUGCGCAAUACAUUAGGUCCUCAACUUACAAACAUCCGGCUUGCGAACAUUCGGAGAUACGAACGCAAGCUGACUGCUCUAUAUUUUCAUGUAUUUUGCCUUGUAGUAACUCCAUAUUUAUACUGCUACAAGCAUGACCAGUAGAGGGCACUGUGACACUGCUAAUGGGACCAACAGGUGAGGAAGAAGGUGGGGAGAGUGUAAAGGACAAAUGCAAAGCUAAAUUGUAGCUGUACGAUGCAACCCGGACAGAGCGUGCGUUUAAUAUUACUACUGCAUCCAAACUCAUAUUUACAUACAUACACAUAUACUGUAUAUGUAUACAGGUACAUGUAGUACCUAUAUCAUUGCUAAUAUUACCUUUUGUUGGACUUACCAACAAAUCCACUUGCAAACGGUCGUCUGGAACCAAUUGUGUGCGUUAGUUGGGGACUUAGUGUAUUGUAUGAAAACUCAGGGCCGUUCAGAAAUGGAGGUUUCAAGCCUGCAGUGAAUUUGUACUCAACCUCCAGGAUAUCUACCAAGGUAAGGUUGGGGAAAGCGUUUUGAACAUUAGCGGCCUUUUUAGGUAAUCUGUGAUCUAUGUGAGCUAUUUAUCAUCUUUAAGAAAG